ACAGGGCUACGAAGAACUGGAAAGACAACUUAAAGAAGUCUUUAAGGAAAGGAGCAACAUUCUUCGCCAGCUGUCAAAGACAUCCAGAGAACUUGAAGGAAUUAAAGUAAACCUCCAGGUACGAAUCAUCCUCCCCAACUGCCCCGUGAUAUAUAGUCAUCAUUCACUCCAUUUCAUAAUGCAAGCAUUUUGUGAUUAAUAUACUAGGAAAAUAGCCAUGAAAUAUCACAGCCAGGUUGUGGGGAUUUGGAUGAGAGAAAUCGACUCUGACCCUUCCAUUUUCUAUUGCCCUUUUCUUCUUACUAUACACGCCUGCCUGGCACCACCACUUCUUCACCACUCAAACAUGGCAAAUAUUUUUCCAAAUUUUCCCUAUUCAUUACCUAAACUCGUCUGCACUGUUACAGCUUCUACAACCUGGUGAUGUAGAGAAGAAGGCUGGCCCUUCACUUCCUACAUCCAUGACAAUGGCUUGAGUGAUGGAAGAUGGGGUAUAGAGGUGGUGGACCUAGUUUUGACUAGAGAGAAAGGAGCAGUUCAUAUCUAACAGAAAAUAAAGUAGUUCUUCUACACCCAUGAAUGUAGAAUCUUCAUUGAUUUUUCAUGAAUCAAUAAAGAAAUGGGAUGGAGCAGACUUAUGAAUGAACGUAGGCAAAAAUGGCAUGGAUAAGAAAUAUAUCCACCCAUCCCUAGUGGCAUUAUGUAUUUUUAUAUGUGGAUAGGAUAAAAAUGACCAGCUCCAUGAAAGGAAGAUUACAUGUGAAUCUGUCAUUGACCUUCACAUUAGGCAGUAGUUCCUCUCUGUCAUAAUUACAGAGGAACAUAUAGAGAUGUUGGGCCAGUGGUGGCUUUUUUUACGACAAUUAAGGUGUCAAUCAAAAGAAGUGUGGGAAUGUUGUGAGGCCUUGCAGCAGACGAACAAAGCUGUUUCCGUUUCCAUUUGUUCUUGGCUUUAAAAUAUGCUAUUCACAGAAAGCAUUUUAUCAAAAGGGGAACCAUUAAUAAUUUUACUAUGGAAGAAAUGGUAAAGAGCUUCUUGAUAAGAAAUGGUAAAGAACUUCUUGUUUCUUCCCUUUGUUCUCAGUCUUUGAAAAACGAUGAGGCAUCUGCUAAAACCGACGUACAGAAACUCUUGGAAUUAGGCCAAAAACAAAG